AUGACGCUGGCGGAGAAGAUCCUCGCGCACCACGCCUUCUCGCUGCCAUCCGCGGAGGGCUUGAAAGGGGGUGACUUUAUUCGGGUCAUGGUUGACUGGAUUAUUGCCAGUGAGCUAUCCUGGGUUGGCAUGAAAUACAGCAUGACUAGCAUCGGCGAAGAACCAACCGUUUGGCGUAACGACCGGUUCUGGCUGGCGGGAGAUCACACGGUGGAUCCCCGGACAUACCACCAACCGCGGGUCCGGGAGUUGAUUGAUGGCAUGCACGAUGCGAAGACGAAGUUCAAGAUGACGGAAAACCAGGGCUCAAAUUUCACGAUUCUCCAUACGGAAUUCGUGCGCGAGCGAGCCGAGCCGGGGAUGCUCGUCCUCGGCUCGGAUUCACACACCUGCUCAGCAGGCGCCGUCAGUUCCCUCGCUAUCGGACUUGGCGCGGCCGAUGUGAUGGCGGCGCUGGCCACCGGGGAGACGUGGAUCAAGACCCCGGAGUCAAUCCGUGUGGAGUUCGUGGGCGAACCAGCUUGGUAUAUCCGCGGCAAGGACGUGAUCCUCUACAUUCUCAAAACCCUCAAGCGGAACACCCAUGCGGCGGAUCGGAUUGUGGAAUUCGGAGGGACGGGGGCGCGCUAUCUUUCCUGUGACGCUCGGUUUGCUAUCUGUAACAUGUGUACCGAACUUGGUGCCAUUACCGGCCUCUUCGUCCCAGACGAGGUUACCAGCCAAUUCAUCUCGGAUCGGCCUCAAGCUCGCUACAGGACGCAAUCUCUGUACUUUCAACCGGACGCCGAUGCCUCGUACGCCGCAACCUUCCAGAUCAAUCUGGAGGAGGUCGAAUCCUUUAUUGCCCUCUACCCGUCCCCGGACAAUGUCGUGCCUGUGACGGAGAGGCUCGACAUGCGGUUCGAGGGCUGUUUCAUCGGCGCGUGCACCACGACUGAGGAAGACCUGAUCCUGGGCGCCUUGGUCCUCGAAGCCGGCCUGCAGAAGGAGCUGCCGCUGGCCCGCGGGAAACGGAUGGUGGUCCCCGGCAGUCUACCGAUCGUGAGCAACCUGCGCGCGUUGGGGCUCUUGGAGAUCUACGCCCAGGCUGGAUUUACGCUCCCCGCCGUGAGCUGCAGUCUAUGCCUGGGGAUGGGAGCAGACCGCGCGGGGUCGGGCGAAAAUUGGCUGUCGUCCCAGAACCGCAAUUUCAAGAACCGAAUGGGUCCAGGAUCCACCGGCCAUAUUUGCUCCGCUGCCGUCGUUGCUGCCUCGUCCUUUAGCAUGCAGUUGACCGACCCUCGCCCUCUUCUUCAGCAGGUGUCGCUCGAGAGGUAUCAGACCUUAUUGGCCAGCUGCCGACGCAUGAAGGCUGAGCCGCGAGGGAAAUUGCGAGAUCGUCUCAAGAACAAUACAAGCCCCGUCGUCGCACCCCCGAUGCCUCCCGUGGUCGAGCCCUACUUAUCCGUUCGCAACCCUGCUGCUACCCCGUCGAAAACGACGCCCGUCCCAGAGCUGGAACAAACUCAAUUGAACAGCGCACCAGUUGAAGUCUUUCGCAGCCGAAUCUCGAGGUUGGGGGAUUUUGUGGAUACAGACGCGAUUAUCCCGGCCGCCUUCAUUCUAGAGAGUCCAACCGACGUCCUGCUUGGGAGUCAUUGCUUGGAGCUGACCCAUCCUGAGUUUCGCGAUCAGGUCCGCGCUGGUCUGGAUGUCGUCGUCGCCGGGAAAGCGUUUGGUUGCGGUUCGUCACGGGAAGAGGCGCCACGAGCGUUGAAAGGUCUUGGUGUGAAAUGUGUGAUUGCACGAUCGUUCUCCUUCAUUUAUGGACGCAAUCAGCCCACCAUCGGUCUCCUCGGCCUCACCAUCACAGACGACGACUUCUACGCGGCGGCGCAGACCGGGGUAGCGAUUGAGAUCGACCUGCCCCGUCGACAGGUCACCGUCAACGAGCGAUCGUACCCGUUUGUGCUGGAUGAGAUGGAAUUGGCCUUGAUCCAGCGACAAGGGCUGGCGGCGGCGUACAAGAUGUUUGGCAAGACUGUUUUCCAGUCGCUUUGUAAUGACCAUGGUCUUGGGACAGUGCCGGCCUCUGCGCUGGCUGAGAUCCAUCUUGGCCGGCGUCAGGCUGAAAGUAGGGGGAAUCAGGAGGUGCUUGCGUGGUGA